UUGUAAAUUUGUUUUUCAAAAUGUAAAUUUGUCUCACAUUUGUAAUUUUGCUUUGCACUUCCCAGCCACCGUACUCGUGGCCAAAAGAGGCAGCAGCACAAUUUACAGAGUUUCAGCUCACACGCCUUCAUUCAUUUCUCUUUAGACUCUUUGUAAAUAUUUCACCAGUGAUUGUGCAUCUGUCACGAACUGGCUCGAAAUAUCCUCGUCAUCACAGAUCAUGGAGUCAGAGGAGACCGGAUCCCCUCCGUCUGGUUCGGGGUCGACUGAAGUCUUCAACUCCAUCCGGGAGCGCACCAUCGCCGAGAACAGCAUGGUGGUCCUGCUGCAGGGCCUUCACGGAGAGGUGACCACGGUAGACCUGAGGAACGAGAGCUCGGCGCGGGGCCGCGUGGUCAACGUGGACGCCUUCAUGAACGUCCGUCUGAAGGAUGUGGCGUACCGGGACAGACGGGGUCAAGUCACACAGCUGCAGGAUCUGUUCGUCACGGGCAGGAACAUCCGCUACGUUCACAUCCCGGACCACGUGGACAUAAUGAAGACAAUCGAGAGCCAGCUGGCCAAGAUCCACAGAGUCCGCAACUUUGCCAGUCAGGGAGGAGGCAGAAAAGAGUUCAAGACGAAAACAAAAUAAUGUUUUUGUUUGCUAAAGGACAGAAAAACUCUGAGUUCUGCUUGAGCUACGUUCCCGCCUCCUGUCCAAACUUUCCUUCACACUAUGUUUGACUUUUUCACUUUUUCACGCCUCUAAAAGUCCAAAACCUGACAGACGGAAUCUUCAAUAUUUGAGGCAAAACUUGUGAUGAAAGGUCAAAGGUUGACCUUGCAGCUUAAACGUUAGUUAAUCAUUUAGAUGUUAAACAGAGUGGGUGACGUUUUGUCCUCCUGUGUUUCUAGAGAAUUCUGACAUCGUGCACCCAGCAGGUAAAAUGUGAGACUGAGGUUAAGCAGGUUUAAAAGGUGUUGGUGAUGAAUCAGUUUGUGCUGUCAUUGUGAGGUCACCAAGGUCGAGAAAGACACUUAUCGACUGGGGACGUUUUCUCACACACCUGUAACAAACAGAAUCUCUUUUUAGUGCCUUGUUACGUCUCAUCUGACCUUAACAUUAAUAACAGUAUAUCUGAUUCUUUAAAGGAACCUCUGGACCCGUUAAAUCUGCGUGUUUGUGUUUUCUGUUUGUUGUAUUUUUUUAGUUUUGAUAUUGACACUACAGUAGGAGGUCAUAUUCAAUUUGAUUUACAGAAAUAAGAGUCAUGUUUUGGAAUUGCGUUCAAGAAUUUGGAAUAAAGAUACAUACAAUU